AUGGAAUGCAAUGUUGACCCAUUAGACCUGCAUAAUCCUCAUAGUAACACCAACAUUCCUGCUCCCCCAAAACCAGAUAUGGAAUUUGCCACUCGAGAAUUUGACUUCCUCGAUAACUUCCACGUCUUGGGAUGGGGGAUCUCCAUAUCAGAGAUCAUCGGAAGAAACAGUGGUUUCAACCAGUUCGAUCUUGCUGCGAAUGAUCCUGCGAAGCCUAGCGGUCACCGUCUUGCCCCUUUGAAAAAUAGCUUGACAACUAAGCCACCAGGACGGCAUCAAAUCGCUCAGCCAUCACACUUUCCAACUAGGCGAAGAGUGCGUGGUGUUGAGGACUUAGAAGACGUAGGGGAUAACGUAGACGUGAACUUUAUACAGAAAGGCAAACGCGGGCACAGGCAAUCCAAGUUAAUCCAAUCCAAUUUGCCAUCAUCUUUGCUUGAUGAUGACUUCGGAGUUAGGAACACCCAAAAGCUAGCAUAG